UUCCAAAUGCCUUCACUGAUGACCGAGCAAGAAGACGCCUGAUAGGAUCGGUGGCUCAGCAGCGUUGCGCUCGGUGAGAGAAACGCCUUUACGGCUUCAGUACGCUUUGGUACGCUCGCCUGGCAUCGCCUCACAAUGAUGACAGCAUAUCGUUCAACGUCGUCAGCGGAUCGGAACUGUCAUGCCUUGGCAAAACAAGCACAACAUGAAAAUAAACAUCCGUAUUCAAGGUGAGAGGUAGGCAUUCAUAACAUCCACCGGCUCCAGUAUUACCAUGGCGUACCAUGUAAAGAUGAAAAGACCGGAUGCUGAAAACAUCAGGAGAUUUAAGGGUACAAGAGAAAUUAUCGGGUUUUUUGACAGGGCGGACAGUCGAAGGGGAAAACCCCCCUUGUGAAUCCAACCCUUGGAAACAGCAACAACAACGGAGGACGCCAGUUCGACCGGAGAUAGUGGGGUGCACGACAGCAAGCGGAAUGGAUGGGAUCGGGGGAGCAUCACCGGGAAAUGUGGGCCUAAAGUGAAUUCAACGCCGGCUCUUCGGCAGAGUGGGCACAGGUUUCGGAGUGCAGGUGGGCCCAGGUUCACCAGCCACAAACUCUGCCACUAGCCACAUUGACACACGUGAUUUGCUGGCGCAGGUGCGCUAGCCCCAUACCGAUUUCCCCCUCCACACACAAAUUUUGACAAGCUGAAGCCGAAAAAUCACAGCCUGCUGAGCCUGCCCGAACUAACAACAGGAAGUCAUUCUUGCCAGCAACUCAAAAUGGCGAACGAAAAGAAGGCCGUCCAGGUGUUUGGCAAGAAGAAGAAUGCCACAGCCGUCGCUCGCGCUGUGGAGGGCCGUGGCCUCAUCAAGGUCAACGGCAAGCCUCUGAAGCUUUUCGCCCCCGAGAUCCUCCGGGCCAAGCUCUACGAGCCCAUCCUCAUCCUCGGCACCGAGAACUUCGCUGCCAUCGAUAUCAGAAUCAAGGUCGCUGGUGGUGGUCACACUUCGCAGGUUUACGCUGUGCGCCAGGCUAUUGCCAAGGCUGUUGUCGCCUACUACGCCAAGUACAUCGACGAGCACACCAAGAACGUCCUGAAGAGCUCCCUCAUCCAGUUCGACCGCAGCCUCCUCGUCGCCGAUCCCCGUCGGUGCGAGCCCAAGAAGUUCGGUGGUAAGGGUGCCCGCUCCAGAUUCCAGAAGUCUUACCGUUAA